GGAGUGCUAGUCGUUCCAAUCGAACAUUCGAAGUUGGCGAGAGUGUCCGCAUCGAGUCGUUAGGUUAUGAGGGUACUCUCAAGUAUAUUGGCGAGAUCGACGGAAAGCCUGGCCUAUGGGCUGGAGUUGAGCUGAGCGGAGGCUUUGCAGGAAAAGGGAAAAACGAUGGAUCCGUCAACGGGUAAGUUUGUUAUCGGUGUUGGCUACUCCCUUGUCAGAGGGGCAUUGAAACGGUACUUUACAUGUCCCAAUAACUGCGGUGUUUUCGUAGCCUUCACCAAAUUGUCCCCUCCGACCGUUGCCCUCACUUUUAGGCCGUCGUCAGUCGCUUCAUCCCGCAGCGGUCGAAUCACACCCUCCUUUUCUGGACGGAUCACUCCUUCGGCAUCCAUAUCUCUAAGCAGCGGUCGCGUUACUCCCUCGAAUUCAAUAAGUGGAAUCACACCUUACGCAGACAGGAAAAACCACAUGGCAAUGCACAGUCGAAUCACUCCCUGUCUUACCCCGUCCGCGGGCAAGCUCAAGCAGUCCCAGAAAUCCUCGGCGACUCUACGUCCUGACUUCGAGACUCAGAUAACAUCGGGCUCCAGGGCUUCACGGUAUGUCGGCCUGACAGCGAAACAGCUGAGUUCCCGGUCACCAGGGAAGGAAUCUCUCUCAGCUGGAUCUUCCCCCCGACCUCCAUCUUCACCCACCCGUACACUCGACUCCGAACCAGGACUCUCGGCUUUAACCUGCACUACUCCUAAAGCCCGAGCUGCGUCCGGACAUACAAACGCCAUAGAUGGUGCAUCUACUGCUGGAGUCAAGCACAGACCGUCCCUAAACACCCCGCGUCCACGUAUCCCAAGUGCUGUUGCGAUGCCUCCUCCCCAAUCCCCAGCGCAGCGAUCCAGCUCCCCUGAUUCUUACAACGACAUUUCGAUUCAGAACGGCCGGCUAUCGGUCGAUAACUUGUCUGCACCUUUAAAUAGCAUUACUCAAUCUCUGCAAGGUGAAGCAAGCCCACGCUUAGCUGGGGACUCUACGACCACCAAAUCUAUCCUAAAUUCGGUUUCCUCCAACGUCUCCUUUCCUACACACGAAGCAGACACAGCAACAUUGAAUGCCAAUUUGGACAAUUUGCAGCAGGAAGUUGUUUCCUUGCAAAACACCGUUGCUUCCUUACUCCCAGAAGCCCAGCAGCGGAUCUCAGCGGAAAAAGAACGCGAUGCCGCCCUUUCCUCCAUGGCAGAAACGGAAAAGGAGCUCCGUAGUCUAGAACGAAGGUUCAGCGAGAAGGAUUCAAAAUGCGAAGCUCUGGAGCGCUCGCACUCACAGACCACAGCCGAGUUGGAAAGGGUUAAAGCGGAGAGUGAGGCGCGUAUGAACGACUUACAGGCAAAGUUAGAUACGAACGAAGCGUUGGUGAAAAGCCUAAAGGAAGCGAUCCAACACAAAGAAGGCGCAGAGCAUGAAAGCGAUGCACUGCUGAAAGCAAAGAACGCCGAGAUCACGCUUCUUCAAGGCCGCUUGGAGAAGGUGUCUUCAGAACUGGAUAUGGAACGCAGGGAACUAGGUGGGCAGAUUGACGAACUUCGUCAAGCAGGCCAAGUAAAUACAGUUAUUCUUCGUUGUCAGUCACUGAUGGACUCAAUUUAGGAAACAAUUGCGUUGUAUGAAGAGCGCCUGAGUGCAGCGGAUAGCAAGCGGUACGAACUGGAAGACCGAAUCAUGGCACUAGAGGAGC